AACUUUCAUUAAUGUGGCAAUAAAAACCACAUAGGAAUAUAAGAUCCUUAUCCUCCCGAAGACCACUCGGCUUGGAGUUGACUUUGUUAUAUUCCGGCGAAUUUGGUUUUCGUAUCUUCCGCCGGCCGCCGGUAAUAACACAAUUUUGAGUAAGAAGAUAGCCAUCACAGUUUUGAGAAUCAACAAAUCCUUACUUCAAUUAAACCUCAAAAUCAUUGCCCAGAAUGCUCACCUCAACCCAAAUCUUCACACUCUUCAUCUUCAUUUUCCCCUUAUAUGGAGACUCCCAGCCCAGUAGCAUCAUUUCUGAAAGAUCAAUUCUUCUUGAUUUAAAGAAGCACUUUUCAAACCCACCAAGCACUUCUCACUGGAAUUCUUCAUCAGACCACUGUAACUGGCCGGAAAUUACCUGCCGGAACGGCGUCGUCACCGGAAUUCAGCUUGGUUGGCUAAUGAUCAAUGACACAAUCCCACCCUUCAUCUGCGACCUCAAAAAUCUCACUCUUCUUGAUCUCAACCACAACCUAAUCCCUGGGCCAUUUCCUACAUUUCUGUACAAUUGUUCCAACCUUGAAAACUUGGACCUUUCUUUUAACAACUUCAAUGGCAUCAUCCCUGAUGAUAUUACCAAGCUUUCGCCUCGGCUCCAGGUUCUUAAUCUAUCUGCUAACUAUUUCAUGGGUGGAAUUCCAGCUGGAAUUGGAGGCCUAAAAGCUCUAAAGGAGCUUCAGCUAGCUGGAGUGGUGUCAAAUGGCUCAUUCCCUUCAGAGAUUGGCAACUUGUUGAAUCUUGAAGUUCUUGUUCUGAGCCAGAAUGGGUUUUCACCACAGGAAAUCCCACCAAGUUUUACCCAGUUGAAGAAACUGAGACACCUGUGGAUGAAAGAGGCCAACUUGAUUGGCAAAAUCCCGGGAAAUAUCAGCAGCUUGGAAGCACUAGAGUUCCUGGAUUUAAACACAAAUGACUUGAGUGGAAACAUUCCCAGUGACUUGUUUCUGCUCAAGAAUUUGACCACGGUUUUCCUCUACAAGAACAGGUUGUCAGGGCCUAUUCCUCGCCCAGUUAUGGCCUUGAAUUUGAAUGCAAUUGAUUUUUCUAAUAACACCCUGACAGGGAGCAUUCCAGAAGACUUCGGGAAUCUGGCAAAGUUGGAGGGAUUGACCUUGUACAUGAAUCAAUUAUCAGGCCAAAUACCAGUAGGCAUUGGUAGAUUGCCAGCAUUAUCUACUGUUAAAAUUUUCAUGAACAAUCUGUCGGGUGAACUCCCACCAGAUUUUGGUCGAUUUUCAAAGCUUCAACUUUUUGAUGUUUCCACAAACCAUCUUACAGGAUCACUACCAGAUGGUUUGUGUGAUAAUAAGGUGUUGUUUGGCGUUUAUGCUUUUAACAACAAUCUUACGGGCGAGUUACCAAAAUCAUUUGAGGAUUGCAACACCUUGAGAGGAGUCAGGGUUGAGAGAAACAAUCUUUCUGGUACAAUUCCUGAUGGGUUGUGGACAGCUAGGGAUUUGACAAGGUUGGUGAUUAACAAUAACCAGUUCACUGGUCAGCUGCCACAAAAAGUGGCAUCAAAUUUAUCUCUAGUUGAUAUCAGCAACAACCGAUUUUCGGGUGAAAUUCCACCUGAAAUCUCUUCUUGGAGCAAGCUAGAUACCUUCAGGGCAAGCAAUAAUCUCUUGACAGGUAAAAUUCCUCAAGAACUCACGGCUCUUAGAUCUUUAUCAGUCCUUAUGCUUGAUGAGAAUAUGCUUUCUGGAAAAUUUCCUUUGAAUAUUAUAUCUUGGAAGUCACUGGCCACAUUGAUAUGCAGUAGAAAUCAACUUUCCGGUACAAUCCCUCCUUCACUAGGUCUUUUACCAAACCUUAAUCAGCUAGACCUGUCUGAAAACCAAUUCUCCGGGGAAAUCCCACCUGAAAUAGGCCAUUUGAAACCAACUUCACUUAAUCUGUCCUCCAAUCACCUCUCGGGGGAAAUCCCUGAUGAAUUUGAAGUUGCAGCUUUUCAAAAGAGCUUCUUGAAUAAUCCUGGUCUCUGUGCUACUACCCCCUCAUUAGGUCUCAGGGAUUGUGGGGCAAAAACUGAGAAAUCCAACAAGAUUUCAGCCAAACUUAUUGCUAUUCUAGGAAGUAUAGCAGCAUUUUUAUUUCUAGUGGCUGUUCUAUAUAUGGUGUAUGUGUUCAGAAGUUACCAGAAAAGAAAAGGAGCAUUAUUGGUUCAAGAUUGGAAGCUCACACCAUUCCACACUUUAAGCUUCACAGAAUCGAACGUUAUACCAAAUUUAGCAGAGAAAAAUGUGGUCGGGAGUGGUGGAUCAGGGAAAGUUUAUGUUGUGGCCUUAAGUACUGGAGAAAAAGUUGCUGUUAAGAGGAUUUGGAACAACCACAAGUUGGACGAGAUGCUUGAGAAGGAGUUUCAAGCAGAAGUUGGGAUACUGGGCACAAUUCGUCAUUCCAACAUAGUGAAGCUUUGGUGCUGCAUUUCAAGUGAAGAAUCAAACCUACUUGUUUAUGAAUACAUGGAAAAUCGCAGCCUGGAUCUUUGGCUUCAUGCAAAGAGAAGAUCACCCGACCAGUUCCUGGAUUGGCGUACUAGGCUGCACAUUGCAAUUGGAGCAGCUCAAGGGCUGUCUUAUAUGCAUCACAACUGCUCACCACCAAUUGUUCAUCGAGACGUGAAAUCCAGCAAUGUUCUUUUAGAUUCAAAGUUCAAUGCCAAGAUUGCAGAUUUUGGGCUCGCCAGAAUAUUGAAGAAGCAUGGAGAUCCCAACACAGUGUCCACCGUUGCUGGCUCCUUUGGCUAUAUAGCUCCUGAGUAUGCACAUACUAGCAAAGUGAACGAGAAGAUUGAUGUGUAUAGUUUCGGGGUGAUCCUUCUGGAACUGGUGACAGGAAGAGAGGCGAAUGAUGGAGAUAUGGAUUGGUGCCUGGCAGACUGGGCACGAUACCAUGUUCAAGAAGGACAUCCAAUUGUGGAUGCUCUAGAUGAGGAAAUCAAGGAGGUAGAGAACAUAGAUGAGAUGUGUGGAGUGUUCAAGCUAGGGAUAUUCUGCACUGGUGCAAAUCCAGCUAAAAGGCCUACCAUGAGAGAGGUGUUGCAGUUCCUCCUCCAUUGCAGCCCUCAAUCAGGAAAUGGAAAAGAAAUAAGUGUUAGUGAGCGCGAUGUUUCACCGCUGCUCAAGAGUCCUAGUAGUGAAGGGGCAUUGGAAGAUGAAUAUGAUCAUCGUUUGAAGCCAUUUGUUGUAGUUGAAAAAUAAACUGCAACAUGUGUUUGAGGGGUUGGGCAAGGAUCUGGAGUUUGGACUGUCCUUGAAUAGUCCUGUGGAAACUGCUCAAUCAUGCACUGCCGUCUCAGCCUUUAUUGAAGUACAUCAAGUUCGGUGAUGCUGUGAGCCGUGAAAGUGCGUGGGAGGAUUAUAGUUUGUGUGGGAGCCUGGCUAUGUUUUUUGAGGUGACGAGGGAAACCCGCAGUCACUAUCCGAAGGUGUGUGCUUGGUAAAUUCCGCAUUGUGACCCUAGCCAGCAAAGGACCACAAGGAAGUAAAUCAGCCUAGGUUGUCCAUUGCAGACCGGCUCAAAUCAAGAGAGCUGAGAUUCGAACAACUGGGAUUCGAACUUGUGACUUUGUGGUUACAAGUUUGUUCCCUUGGCUAUCUCGCUAUUGCUGGCGCGGGAGGAAUAAGCUUUUGUAUGAUCGUGACGCGAGUUGGUCUGUAUCUAGCGAAAGAAUGUUUAAGGGAAAUUUUUGAUGAAACUCAAACAUGGAAGUCUCGAUGAACUCAGAAAAAUCAAAAGUCUUAAGGUGAAUGUUGAUGGGAAAUGUGAAUGUUAGAGGUUAGUCACUUAGUUGGGUGUUAGGAUGGAAUGGAUUUGUGGUUUUUGAAGUAUAGAAUGUAUAAUGCUUUGAGUCUUAUAGUCAAGUUUUAGAAGUAUUUAUUAUGAGUUGUUGAGUUGGAAUAAGGGAUUUCAUUUUGUAGUGGAGAAGGUUGCGAAGGGAGGGAACAACAAAGACCAUAUCUACAUCUCAUUAAUGUUAUUAUGGAGCUUAUAUAUAGAACUUGAUUGGAGAUGCAAAAUCAUGACUAUUGGGAGACUAAUAGGUGUGAUAAUUGAAUUUUGAGUUCACAGAUUGUGUCCACUUUUUUGUUGGCUAAUGUUA